AUGGUGGACAAAUGUUUGGCCGAAUAUGAUGAAGAAGCCGAAUUUUAUGACGAAGUUGUUAAGGCGGACCAUAGAGAAAAACUAAAACAACGUUUGUUGCAAGAAAUCAAACCGAUACUUGGGUCCUUAAUGGACAACAUAUCUUCUCAAGCUUUAAAUGACUUCAAAUCUAAUCUCGAGAAAGAUAUGACUGGAGGCAAAAAAUUUCGUGAGGCUGCAGAUUGGUCUAAGAUGCUGGUGAAAUUCGAUUCUGAUUACAAAGAUUCAAAGAUUGAACAAGCUCAAUGGACAUCUAACAAAGUAAGAGAUAAGUUGGUGUCUCAAAUAAGUAGCCAUGUGGAUUCCAUUAGGUCAAUGAAACAAAAUGAGCUGACAAACCAAGUUAAGUCGAAACUCAAAAGUGGAUUGACAGAAUCUAUGGGAGCUAUUCUGAAAAAACCUGAAAGUAACAUGUGGGUCAAUCUUAGCGAUCUCUUUCAACACGAGACUGAGUCGACUUGCUCUGAGUUUAGGGUUGGCCUAGAGGACUUGGGCACAAAUGACACUGCUAAGGUAGAAGCAGAUGAAAUGUUGAAGGGCUAUGGAAGAGAUAUUAUUGAGAAAAAUGUUAGAAAAGAAACUUUAAAAAUUUUACAGCUCAUGCAAGACAAGUUUUGUUAUAUCCUCCUGAAUGAACCGGACUCAAAUAUCCCACGAUCUUGGAAAGGAAGUGACAUGAUCCAAGACAUUGUAAAGACAGCUCGAACUCAGUGUGUAAAUAUUAUGUCUGCUAUGGCUAUAAUAAGAUUGGGCAGUAAUAAAGAAAGUGACAACAUUCAACAAAUUCUUUCUAAUGCUUUGCUAGAAGAAGGUGGAGAGGGUCGUCUAACGUCUAGUAAAUGGGAUGGGGUGGAGGCAUCGAAGACAUUGAUGAGCCCAGCUACUUGUGCUACUGUUUGGGAUCACUUUCUAAAAUCCUCUGGCAUUAUCAUUACUUCUGUCAAACAAACUAUUCAAGCAAGGAAUGAUGCUGAUAAAAUGGCUGCAACAGCUAAUAAUCAGCCGCAGCAACAACAACAACAUCAGCCCAAUGUCUUGGAAACGGUUUUGCGAACAGCGUUUCCUGUCCCUGCACUCGCCAUUGAUUUGCUUGGCAAACUAUUUUAG